ACCCACUGAACGCGUUGCUUAAGCUGGACAAGAGUCAAAAGCAGGAGAUUCUGUCCUAUUUGAAGACGUUCUACGAAGGCAUUCCAAUAAAGAAACUCUUUAAACGCAGCCAUCAUCAGCUGCAUAUUUGCAAAAAGUUAUUGAUGGAGAAUAAAAAUCGAUCAAUUAAGAUGAAUGAGAAUUUCAAGCCAGCUCUGACCUCUGGUAGCAAAGAACCACUGGUAUCUUCCAACGUCACUUUACCGUCAACACAUGUUCCUGGAAAGUCCGUGGCCUUCACCAAGAUUUCGAAGAAGAACAGAGCAACAGCUCAGGGAAAGACUAAACCUGAAACGAUAAAGAAAAAGGAAAGUCCAUUGUUGCUGGCGUUUCAAAAUCAAGAAAAUGCUGUCAAGAAUAAGAAUGUUGACGUCGUCACGACCAGAUCAAAAAAGGAAAAAGCGAAAACGACUUCCAUUGUGGACUUGAUGGGAAAGCAGACGAAACAAGUCGAAGAUAUUCCCACAAAAAAACAAAGUGGCAAACUGAAGAAAGGGAAAAAGUCGAGUGGAGUGAGCAACAAGAUAGAGAAUUACGUUGAUAAGAAACGAUCGCGGGAGGGUGAGGAACAGGAUGGUAAACCCAGUGGAAAGAAAGCAAAACUGGUCAAUAAUGCACCGGAGUUUAAGAAACCAAGAAAAGGUCAAAAACGGAAAGCAAGAAGCAUGGAAAGCAAGGAAAAUGGCAACACCGUGGAAACACAGGGUAGUAACUCGGAUCCUCUGGGAAAAUCUCCAAAAUGUCGAAAGAUUUCAAGUGAUGAUGACUUCAUCAAACCCUCCACACGUAGUUCUCGGCCCAAAGUGGAUACGAAUAAUGAUGCGACAGACGAUUGUGGGACUGGGAAGCAGUCUUUGCGAAAAUCACGAAGAUUACAAGAAAAGAAAGAUGAUUUGGCGGACACCAGGAUUGCUCUUGUAGAAACAGAUGAUAAGAGGGCAGAGAACGCUGUUAUUGAAGUGCUUGAAGUGAAAGAAGAUUGUUCCAAACAAGAUGGCAAAGUUCAGGCACACGAGAACGAUAUAAAAGUUGUUGAGGGUGAGCCAUCGAAGGUAGUCGAGGCAACCACGGAGCCAACAUCGGAGGUAGUCGAGGCAACCACGAAGCCAAAAUCGGAGGUAGUCGAGGCAACCACGAAGCCAAAAUCGGAGGUAGUCGAGGCAACCACGAAACCAACAUCGGAGGUAGUCGAGGCAACCACGAAGCCAACAUCGGAGGUAGUCGAGGCAACCACGAAGCCAACAUCAGAGGUAGUCGAGGCAACAACCAAGAAUAUGAACGAGGACUCUGACGUUAGCUCUUCUGCGGUUUUAUGGAGCGAGUGUUUCAAACCGAGGAACUCAACAGAAAUCCUGGGAAACACCAACGCUGGUGGAAAAUUAAGGAAUUGGCUGUUUGAGUGGAAGACGUUGAGAGAGAAGAGAUUGGAAGCUUUGAAGCGACACAAAGAAAAGAAACACCAAAAGCUCGCUGCUAAGAAAGGUAAAAAGGAAACAUCAAGUUGGUGGCAGGACGAUGAUGAUGAUUCAGAUUUUUAUUCAAGUGAUGACAACGAGGAUGAGAACUUCGAUGAUGAAGAUAUUUUAUGCAAUACGAUGUUAUUGUCUGGUCCUGUUGGCUCUGGGAAAACAUCUUCUAUUUAUGCUUGUGCUGAAGAGCUUGGAUUCAAGGUUAUCGAGGUAAACUCGUCCACGAAGCGAGGUGGUAAAUAUAUUUUAUCAGAAUUACUGGAAGCCACACAGUCCCACCAGGUUUCCACGAAGCGUGGUAUGCAAACUGAACUAUUUCCUCGGGCUGCUCCGUACGAAGAGAAGAAGAAAGAGCAGAUGAAGGGAAAUAAAAAGAAGAAAGGACAGUCAAAGAAGAAGGAGCAGCUUUCUGAUGAAACUCAACUUCAAGGACCGAUGUCCUUGAUUUUACUUGAUGAAGUCGAUAUCUUGUUCGAAGAAGACAAAGGAUUCUGGGUGUCUGUGAAUACUCUUCGACAGAAUUCCAAGCGGCCUAUUGUCAUGACUGCAUCAGAUCUUACUGCAAUAGACAUUGAUGGCGAGUAUGAACAUAUAAUACUGAAAUCACCUUCACUCAAACUUUAUGCUGCGUAUUUCCAAACCGUUUGUUUAACAAAGGAUGUAUUUGUCAAUCCGUCUGACGUACGAGCACUUUCCUGGCUGAAUCACGCAGAUAUUCGUCGUUUGUUGUUGAACUUGCAGUUCUGGAUCGACUCUGCUGCUGGUGCUUGUGAUAAACGUGGAAUAACAAUUAGGAAUGACAUUGGAACUAGUGCUGGAAUUCUGAGUAAAAAUGACGUGGAAUAUGGUCAAGCAAACACCACUCAACUUAAUGCUGGAAAUGCUAUCGAAAUGGACUCGACAGUGAGGACACAAGAAGAGUGUGAUGGCAAAGUUCUAUCUGUUAAUGCAAAUGUUGAUAAUGAUACAGCCAGUUCUUGUAGUCCAAUUGAAGUCGAAAGUAGAUUAGAUAAGAAAGGUUCCAUUCAGAAUUCCAAUGAUGAAAUGCUGGCAUUGGACAAGAUGGAGAAAUUGCAAUCAUUGUCUAAAAAGAAGAUUGAUAGCACAAAAAAAUUUGAUGUGAUCAAUGACAACAAGGAUUGUGAACGGGGAGAAAACGACGAACUAGGGAAAAUGAAGAAACAUGACACAAUUUCAUCACAGAAGGCACCGAUAGAGAUGCAUAAUCUAUGUUUAGAGAGUAUGUUAGGAAUUCGAAAUAUUGACAACAACGUUGGAAAUGUUUUUGAGACAUUGAAGUCUGAUUUGAAAACUAAGGUUUCUUUUCGACAAAAAUGUUUGGUGACUUCCCAUUGUCAGAGUAUGAACAUGGAUAUAUUGUAUUGUAAUCUUGAAACAAUACUGCCUUGUGUAUUCUCUUCUAUAAACAAGGCUCGUGACAAUCCUUUGAAUCCAAAACCUGGUGAUGACAACGGUCACUCUUUUGAUACGGAAAAUGGCGCAGAAUCCCCAAAGGAUGAAAACGACGUCGUGAAUGAUGGAAUUGAAGAUGAUGCAAGUCAUGCAACGGUCUCAGAUGAAGAUAUACUUUCCAAGAAACUUGAUGGGAUUUCGUUGACAUGUCUCGGAAAUUUCUAUGAAGUUAUGUCAUUCAUGGAUGCAGAACUUUACCGGUAUGAACCAGGAACAUCUGAAGAAAUAUUUGGUGCAUGGUCAGCUAGGAUAUCACCUGGGCUCAGUGAUUCUGCUGGGAAGCACACCGCCAGUCAAACACCUUGGAAAACAACGAAUCUUCAGAAUGAGCUUCGAGGAGCAUUAGAGGUGGCAAGUCUGGAACACUCACGUCGAAAGUUUCAUAAUCUUUGCAGCCGUAAUGGAGAGCAGAUGAUGAGAUAUGCCAAUAAGUUAAUGUCCCAGCCUUGUACUACGCUAUCGUGUUCAAGUGAUAUCAAAAACAUCGAUUCAAGAAUCUCGCCGAAUUGUUGCGAUGAAAUGGUAGCAGAUUCAACAAAUGCUUUCAGUGAUCUUGAUGGUGAAAGAUGUCUGCAAGUGACGACCCUGUCAGAAAACCUUGUCAGUAAAACAAGAAAACAAGAACAAGAUUUUUCUUCUGUUUCAUCGUAUUUGCCCGAAAUGAACUGUCUCAAUAGAAGAGUCAUUGUCAUGGAUUACAGACCAGCGCUGCACAACAUCUGUAAAGACGAAUCUCUGAGGAAAGCCGCGCGCAUCAAGCGAAGAUUCUAUCACUACUUUGAUUCAAUAGGACUUCAUAUCCCUUCGUCUGUAAUUCAAUCCCUGACAGAGGAUAGUUAUUUUAGUUAAU